AUGAAUCCGGUCGUAUUUUCAAUAACCAAGGGCCGUAGCGUCAGUCAACCUCGGCCUGUCGUUCUUCGGGCGCGUAUCGGUGCCGCGGCGCUCGGCUGUUUCCGCCGAGCUUCGGCUGCGUUCGGCAGCCACGUAACGUUAGAUUCUUUGUUCCCGCUUCGGGCCAACGUAAUCACUACUACUGUAUUUUUCAACAUAAAAUGUGGUGCAACGGUACAGUUGUCGAAAACGUAUUGCAAAAACAACAGCGGUGUACGAGUGUCGCGGCACGCGCCGCGGAAGUACGGAGAACGGUGCUCCAGCGGCCUUGGCGCUUCGCCGCGAAGGUGA